AUGUUCUCAGGCAGGUGGUAUAGAAGUCCUCGAACGGUGGAGGAGCUUUCAGAGUUGCAAGAUCUGGAAAGAAUGUUAUCGGAAGGCAACAUGGCUCAGAAUUCUGAUAAGUGGGUUUGGGACGAUGGGGCUGCUGGGACAUUCACGGUUUCUGGGUUCAAGGAGUUAAUUAGAGAAGGCGUUAAUGGGAUGCAAGAUUUACAUAUGAAGUGGGAAGGAUGGGUGCCUAUUAAAGUCAAUUUAAUUACUUGGAGGGCUGAGCGCGACAGGUUACCAACUCGGGUUGCUUUGGCGAGGAGAAGAAUUAAUAACCCAGAUGUUUUAUGUCCUAUGUGCAGUGUUGCGGAUGAAGACAUUAGACACCUGAUGGUCGGAUGCGAAUUUGCUUAUGGCGUAUGGACCGUAAUUUGCAAAUGGUGUAAGUUGGAUCCAUUUUUCGCUUAUGAUUAUGAUGAUUUGUUGAUGCUUUACAAGAAUGUGCAUGCUGGAAAAUGGAGGAAAAAGAUUAUUAGAGGCAUUGUUAUGAUCAUAACUUGGGUUAUUUGGAAUACAAGGAAUGCGAAGGUCUUUCAAAACUCAUCCACGAACAUUAUAGAUGUGGUGGCAGAGGUGAAGUCGAGGUCUUUUUUAUGGUUGAAACAUAGAUCGAAGUUUAAAAGUAUUGUUUGGCAGGAUUGGUCAUCUUAUCCAUUGUAUAUGUGUUUAUAG